CAGAAAACCGUCCUUUUUCCACGGCAACAUGAUGUGGUGAAACGGCGAAACGGCUCGCUGCUUCGCCGAUGGGCCCCAUUACGACCCACGUGCUGAACACUGCUGCGGGCGCGCCGGCGGUGGGGCUCCAGGUGCGACUGAGACGGAAGUGCGCAGAGACCGAAGGAGGGGACAUUGAAUGGGAGAUGAUCCAGGAGUCAUUGACUGACCAAGACGGGCGCCUCAAGGACUUGUCGGAGGGUCUUCACUUGCAGAUGGGAGAGGUCUACGAGCUGCGCUUUGACACCAUGUCCUACUUCAAAAGCUCAGGUGCUGAGUGCUUCUACCCUUUUGUGACGGUGGUCUUUAUCAUACACGACCCUUCGCGCUGCUGGCUGCAAGAGUUGUGUUGUCCAAGAGAUGGUGACAGGUGUGCAAUUAUAUAUUAUUUUAUGCAAGUGUGCGGUCUCUAGCCCUCUGGAGUGUUUUAAGCUUCGCGGUCACCUUGUACAGAUAUAUCAAUACGAGAUAGAUGAUGUACUGUGCGACUACGUACUGCAGGAAUCACAGACGCGCUCUCGGCGCAGUCGUGUGAGUGUUGAUGAAAGGAUGCAUCAUCCUUGGAAAAUGACGUCCAUGCAUGCAUCCAGGUCCCAAGUCCAGCUUUGGAAAUCUCCUUUGCAUCGUUGUCUUCUCAGCUAGCACUGCAUGGGAAUGAACUCUGUUCAUGGUGGCUUAUGCCAUCUUAAGUCAGAUUGACAAAAUGUGCGUUUCAAACCAUUAGGUUUCUAUGUCUCAAACAGCUGUCACCCGGAACAUGAGGACUGUCACACUGAAUCUUCCGAUUCUUCCGCCUCCAUACUUCUCCGGUGUUUUCGCUCUUCGCCCAGGUCCCACUACCACGUCCCUCUUCUGAUCUCGCCCUACGGCUACUCCACCUACCGUGGCUCCUGAUCUACAGCCUUUCCUCGCCUUUCCUCACGCCCAAAGCGACGUCGGACGUUCCAAUCCGCCGCUUUCAGCGCCCAAACCGUUCUUCCACGCGCAGCGCUAGGAGUGAAGCGCCGCUGUAGAAGCGCCCAGAAGCGACACGUUCGGCACGUUCGGCCAGUGGAGUUCUUC